AUGCGUGUGCAUCUGAAGAAGUAUUUUCUUGCCCCAAACCCUCCCUAUUCGAACCAAGAUAUUAAAGAAAAAGUCGCUCAUAUCAAAAUCUUCAAUCCAACAGCUUCAGAAAAGAAUAGCAUAGUCCAUAGUAUGCCUAGGAAAAAACGGAUACAAUCAUAA